AUGGAGGCCAAGGCUAACAGUCUUCUGUCACCGAGACCCAGCACCAUUCUGAGCCUGGACGCCAGGCUGGGCGUUGACACGACCUUUGCCGUCAAAGUGUUUUUUACCGCGCUCUACGUGCUUAUCUUUGCGCUCGGCACAGUGGGCAAUGCGCUGUCCAUCCUCGUGGUGCUGAAGGCGCGCGCUAGGGCUCCCAUUCGCUUGCGCUACCAUGUGCUGAGCCUGGCGCUCUCUGCCCUGCUGCUGCUGGUGGUCAGCGUGCCCAUGGAGCUCUACAACUUCGUCUGGUUUCAUUACCCCUGGAUCUUCGGAGACCUGGGCUGCCGCGGUUACUACUUCGUUCACGAGCUGUGCACCUACACCACCAUCCUCAGCGUGACCAGUCUGAGCGCAGAGCGCUGCCUGGCCGUGUGCCAGCCCCUGUGCGCUCGCCGCCUGCUGACUCCGCGCAGGACCCGGACUCUACUCGUGACCGUCUGGGUCGCCUCGCUGGGCUUCGCCUUACCCGUGACCGUCAUCAUGGGACAGAAACACGAGCUGGAGACUCUGAGUGGGGAGCCAGAUCCCGCCUCCCGUGUGUGCACGGUGCUAGUGAGCCGCACAACGCUCCAGGCCUUCAUCCAGGUAAAUGUACUGGUGUCCUUCGUGCUCCCCUUGGUUCUAACCGCCUUCCUGAAUGGGGUCACCGUGAGCCACUUGGUGUCCCUCAGCUCCCAAGUGCCACCCACUUCUGCUCAAGACGACUCCACCCCCAGCCACCUGGAGCUAAUAAGUGAGGAGGGGCUCUUUGGCUUCAGUACAUGGAGAAAGAUGCUCUCCCUGAAGAGCAAGGUCAACGCGGUGAGAUAUAAGGAGACCAGCAGGAUCCAGGGCCUCCAGCACAGCAUCCAGAUUCUCAGAGCCAUUGUGGCUGUGUACGCCAUCUGCUGGCUGCCCUACCAUGCCCGCAGGCUCAUGUACUGCUACAUCGCUGAUGACGGGUGGACAGAGACGCUGUAUAAUUUCUACCACUACUUCUACAUGGUGACUAACACACUUUUCUACGUCAGCUCGGCAGUAACUCCUGUCCUCUACAAUGCUGUGUCCUCGUCCUUCAGGAAACUCUUCCUAGAAGCACUCAGCUCACCCUGUGGACGGCACCAUCCUAGUGGGCCAUUACCCCAGGAGCCUCAGAACCCUACCCUAGCAGGGACAGUUCUGGGCUCUGGGGAUCCCCCAGAAACCAUGACCUAG